CUACACACUACACUCCUACACACUACACUGCUCCUACACACUACAACGCUCCGCUCCUACACACGACACUCCUACACUCCUGCACCACGCCCGUCACGGUGUUUGUGCGUUCACGUUGGGCACUCCACCAGCAGUGGAUAUCUCGAACAAGUCAGCCCACUUGUGCUUUGUGGGUUGGAACUCGUGCCUGCUGAAGUUCCCCACUCCCAGGAGGAAGGCCGCGUGACCGAUGGGAUGUUGUAGGACUUUUUUAAUGUGGAGGGGUACAGAUAUGCGAGGGACUCGUACUGUGUGUUUUUGUGUUACCGUCAUGUAAUCUACAAUGACGCGAAUUUGUAUUGUGAUGCACGCUAUAUGAAUCUGGUACAUUGGCAGCUUACACUGUGCUUGAUGAUAAUGGUGGUUUUCAUUGUGGUUUCGAAAGUUUAGCAUUCUGAUAAUGAUCAUUAAUGUUGCAAGGGUUAUGAAUUGCAAUGUCAGAAUCGUAUAGACUGCGGAAAAUCCGACCAAGUGCUGUGAAGCUCUUUAUCACGGAUGCCCAGCAAUGUGCCUCAAUCAUUGGGGCACUAAGGACCGUGAGAAUUACAUCCGUGCUCUCGGGUGUUGAACGAGUGGGGUGGGAUGUGGCACUGUUCAAAAGAGACUGAGAUGAGAACCUCUCGCCCUUCCGGUCCCACCAGUCUUCACGCUGCUGUACUCGCUGCACACAUUCCACAGUGGAAUAUUUUUUUGUGGUGUUUGUCAACCAUCUGUGACCCCCCCCACCCACCCACCCUACGCACGGCACGAGUGAACGGUGACCGCCAUGGCAUGAACUAGCACGUGGUGGUUGGUGGUGGUGAUAAUGACGAUGCUCGACGGCUUUGUGUGUGUGUGUAAGCCAUCGCGUGAGCAGGCCAAGACCAUCGGGCUCACUUAACCCACAAGCGGCCACCACCACCGCCCGUGGUUGUCAUCACAGAAUUGUAACAACGAAAGAGAUAUCGGCAGGGCCUUCCCGUCCGUGACCUUCCCGUCCGUGACCUUCUGACACCGAUCGGUGAGAAGGAGGCAAUGCCGUCUCCGCUGGGGGUCGGGGGUCCGGCGCACGAAGCCGACCAGGUGACGCUGCCCUACGCGUCCGUGCAGCGCCACCUCGUGGGCGAGCUGGUGCCGUGCCUGCGCCUGACGGCGGGCGCACGAGACCUGCUGCGCGUGGCGUGCACGCGCUUCGUGCGCCACGUGUCCAGCGAGGCGAACACGGCGUGCGCCCAUGCGCAGCGCAAGACCAUCUCCCCUGAGCACGUCAUCCAGGCACUGGAGCGCCUGGGUCUGGCGGGCAGCAUGGGCGAGCUGCGCGCGUGUCACGCCGAGUUCCGUGCGCUGGCGCUGUCUCGCCGCCGCCGCGCCACCCGUCGCCUCGAGGCGCUUGGCGUGCCGGAGCCGGAGCUGCUGCGCCAGCAGCAGGCGCUCAUUGAGCAGGCCCGGCAAGAGCAGACAGAGGUGGCUCAGCGCGACUGGCUGCAGAUCCAGCGCGCCGCCGAGCAGGCCCAGCGCAGCUCCACCGCGGACAGCCCCGGCGAGUCCUCGGGGACCGAAUACGUCAUCGACGAGGACGACGAUGAUGACAUCACAGACGACUAGACUGCGAUGCCAUCAUUGUGAGCGAGGGAACUGGGCGGAAGACGCGCAGCGGCUGCGUGAUGCCGAGUCGUUUUUGUUGUUGUUGUUAAUUUGGUUAGUGAUAGCUUUCGAACGUCUGACCAGGACGUGACGGUCCGCACGGUGGUGGUUUUCUCGUGCAGCGCAGCUCGACGCGAUCGUUUGCAAAUUACCCGUAGGGAAUUUAACCGUCGGAUAAUUGCAAAGCAGCCCAUCGGUGUGAGGCAAGUGUGUGACGUUCACUCAAUACACGCAAGUGUCUCUCGUGAAGCAAGACUCGGCGAAACAAUAGCGUGCAGUCGAGCAAGUACAGACGACACGGGUGCCUAGAUAUUGAGCACCGGUAGGAUGGUCUAAACAUGACAAACAGUAAAAGCUUAACACUCAUUCGUGACGAUCGAUGAAAUCGCACGUAGGGGGAGGGUAAAUUGUCACAUGCUUACCGUUUACUAGGUGAUUAGUCACGAACCGUUCGCUGAACAAGCACUAAGAGACUGGCGCACGCAUGCCUGUAGACACAUGGGGGUGUGUACGUAUGUAUGUAAAAAAGUAAUAAAUGAAAACCCACAAAUUAACAGAAAUCUAUGGGGUAAAAAAACCCCCACGUGUUUCUUGUGCAGGCAUCUCGCUUGAGUGACCCGAUGGAGUGGUGCCACCCCAAAUGCGUUGGCUUCCCUCUGCAUUACAUCUAAGUGACGUGCAAGUCAACGUUUGUGAAAUAUCCACAAAGGCCAAGUUGAGAUUCCAAUGGCAGUCCCCCGUUCAGUGAGUUUCCCCUCUCUCCGAUACAUCAAUCGGAGCGUUCACGCAGCUUCUGGCAGCGGUCCUGGAAGUUUUCAGCAGGAGCGUUCCUACUGCAUUGUUGCCUUUACUUUCACGCCUUCUGUCUUCACCGUCGCUUGUUCGGGGAGAGCGUGUUGCUCAAUGCGUCUUCUGCCUAGGCCGCUUGUGUAAAUUCAAGCCGAGAACGGUCGUGGGGCGUGCGUUUUUAGUCCGGCAGUGCGGAGGCAGCGACGGUUGGUGGAUCGCGCGUGUUGAGAAACUCUGUGACGUUCGUUACGUUCAAGAUGAGACUUAAAAACAAGACUAUUGUUGAGCAGGGUCCUAUGUUGGGAUGUUUGGCCAAUUCCAUGCAAGGCCGUUUGGCAGGAAACCAGAGCACUUGGAGAAUGUGCAUGCAUGCGCGUUGAGAACACUCGGAGCUCAACCCAAAUUGACUCCUCGAUACAUUGCCGUGUUUCCAUCACUAAACUACUGCAGGUGUUCCAGCAAAAGAGACGGGGGAAAGUUUUGCAUUCAAAGGCAAACAUUUGUCAUUAAAAUGUUAGUGUUGGACAAGCGCUAUUA